AUGACCACUCCGUGCCUAUUUCUCCGCGACCUGGACGUGAUCAAGCAAGUUCUUAUAAAAGACUUUGACCUUUUCUCUGACCGCGGGGUCUCCGUCAGCGAUAAAGGUUUAAGCAAUAACAUAUUCAACGCUGAGCCUGACAGGUGGCGUGUUUUAAGGAACCGUUUCACACCCAUAUUUUCCUCGGGCAAACUGAGAAACAUGAUACACUUACUAGAUGAGUGCGGUGACAAAUUUGUUGCCUACCUCAAAGAGCAAAGCUUGAAUAAAUGUGAGUAUGAUGUGCACCCACUCUUACAAAAGUAUACCAUGGCAUCCAUUGUGGCGUGCGCUUUUGGUUUGGAAAUCGACACGUUUAGAGAAAAAAUAGAUGCCCUGGAGAAACUGGACGUAAUCCUAACCACCCCGUCGUUCUUGGACGAAUUGGACAUGAUGUUUCCGGGGGUAUUGAAGAAGAUGAACCUGGAAUUAUUUCCGGCGUUCCUAAACGAGUUCUUUAGACAGCUUGUUGCGACCGUUAUAACACAGAGGAACGGCGUACCGUCAAACAGGAGGGACUUCAUGGAUUUGAUUCUGGAGCUAAGACAGCAGGGUAAGAUACAUAGCUCAAAGAGGUAUGAUGAUAGUGAACAAAUAGGAGUCGAACUAACAGAAGAUGUAAUUGCCGCAAUGGCUUUUGCAUUCUACGCUGCUGGUUACGAAACCAGCGCGCGUACAAUGACAUACGUGUUAUACGAGUUGGCGAAAAACCAGAACAUUCAAAACAAACUAAUAGCCGAAGUGGAUGAAGUGCUAAAAAAAUGCGGAGGGAAAGUGACAUAUGAAACACUCAACGAUAUGCAUUAUAUGAAGAAGGUUUUAGACGAGACUCUACGCAUGUAUCCCGUAGUGGAUCCUUUACAAAGGAGUGCACAAGCUGACUACAAAAUACCAGGAACUGAUGUCACGGUGAAAAAAGGUCAAAUUGUACUAGUAUCAAUCCUGAGCAUCCAACGCGAUGCAAAGUACUACCCCAAUCCAGAGAAAUUUGAUCCCGAAAGAUUUUCCACAGAAAACGCAAAUAGUAGACACACUUGCGCUUAUUUGCCCUUUGGGUGUGGACCGAGAAACUGCAUUGGUAUACGCUUUGCGCAAGUGCAGACCCGUAUGUGUAUAGCGAAGUUCCUGUCCAAAUUCCGCGUAGAGCCAUGCAGUAAGACACCUCCAACCAUCACGUUUGUCGCCAAACGCAUAAUUCUUGGAGCCGAUGAAAUUUAUCUCAACAUUAUCCCGAGAAGUGGU